AACAAUCAAAACAGUUGAACAACAAUACUUGAGGUGUCGACAACAAACAGCCUCCCGGUAUUCGUCAUAAGGACCAAAUAAAUUAAAUAAAAUAUUUUUUUGUGUUAAUGAUCAUUUUCAAAAAAGGCCGAAUUUACUCGAGCAAAUUCAGCAGUCUUGUGGGGAAAAUUUUCACUAAAAACAAAAAAGUCUAUAAAACUAAAAGAAAAAAAUGGCUCCUAAUGAAACAUCAGCCUUAUUGAAGAAUUAUCGUGAACAAAAAUAUCCUAAUAAUGGUGAUCAAAAUAAUAAUAAUAAUGGUGAAACAGUAGUUGUGGGUGGUUACCAUGCUAUGGACGAUAAAAAUCAUAUAGUUUAUGUGACUAAGGAUGCUUCCGAGUAUGAGUCUAUAUUCUGUAUUAAUGACUAUACCUCCUCCUUGACUUUGGAUGAAUUGCUACCAUAUCAAUUAGAUCCUUGGUGGCAAAAUUUACGAAGCAUUAUGUUUUUAAUAUUUUGGUUGACCCUGCUACUGACAUUUCUUACUGCCUGCCUGUUAUCGUAUUUACAAUUAGGUCAUGUCACCUGUAAUGUGGUACAAAAACAGCUGUUAACUACUAAUUCCAUUGAAGUGUCAUCAUCCUCUACCAGCAGCAGCAUUUUAACAGAAGCAACAACAUUACCCACAAACAUUGCCCAAGUAUUAUCAACUGAGCUCUUAGGUGGUACGAAAUUAUCAAUGACAACUGUACCAUGAAUCGAAAAAAGAAAAAAUAAACAAAAUGUUUUUGUUUUGAAUUCCUGCUUCUAUGAAGUAUUUUUGUAGCUAAUUUAAGAAUACAUAAUUUAAAUUUAUUGUGUGUAAUGAUGUGA